AUGAGUCUUUUAAGUUGGAACUGUCGGGGGCUUGGGAACCUCCGAACAGUUAAUGCCUUGGCAAAGGUAGUGAAUAAAGAAGAGCCCAUUAUUGUCUUUCUUAUGGAGACAAAGUUGAAAAAAGAUUGGCUAGUUUUGAUUAAGGAAAAAUGCAAAAUGAAAAAUUGUUUUGUGGUUCCUAGUGUGGGAAAUAGUGGUGGUCUUAUUUUGUUGUGGAAAGAAGAGUUGAAGGUAGAUGUAAGGACUUUUUCUCAAAAUCAUAUUGAUGCAUGGGUGAAUGGAGGGGAAGUUGGUUGGUGGCAUUUAACAGGUUUCUAUGGUCAUCCCUAUACGGCUAAAAGGCAUGAAUCUUGGGCAAAAUUGAAGCAUUUAAAAAGUACGACUUCUUUACCAUGGCUGGUCAUUGGUGAUUUUAAUGAGAUUAUGGGUCUCUCGGAGAAGGAAGGUGGAAGCAUUCGUCCAAGAAAACAGAUGGCAGAUUUUGUAUCUACUAUUGAUCAUUGUGGAUUGUGUGAUUUGGGUUUCAUUGGAUCUAAGUUCACUUGGCUAUAUCAAACAACUAGUGGGAUUCAAAUACGAGAAAGAUUAGAUAGGGCUUUGGCUACUUUGGAAUGGAUGUCUCUUUAUCCAACAGCUAAGCUUCACCAUUUAUCUUCUUCGGUUUCGGAUCAUUCUCCACUAUCACUUCAUUUGUUUCAACAACAGAAGAAAAGGAGACAUAAAAAAAAUUUUCGAUUUGAAUCAAUGUGGUUGAAGGAUUUGAGGUGUGAAAUGGUUGUCAAGAAUGCAUGGGAAAGUGGUCAAUUGAUGGAGUCGGAUUGGGUUCUUCACAAUUGUUUGGAGAGGUGCAAAGUUGACUUGUCUUCUUGGAAUGCUAUGGAAUUUGGUCAUGUGGGAAGAACUAUUAGGGAGCUUCAAACCAAAUAA